AUUUGGUUAGCAAUUGAGUUUUUCUUUUUUUUUCUUUUUAUUUUUUCAUUGCGAACAUAAGCUUUGAUUUAACUCAUAAACGAUCAAGCUAAAGGUAAUCGAUAAUCGACGGACCGUUUACAUUGAUUUCUAUUACGUACAGGAAUGAGGAAGCUUUAUAAACAUGAGCCUUUGACGCAACGUAAAUAUAUGACAGUCAGCUGCAUCAUACGACCGGAAUAGUGGUAGUCGAAACCUCGUCACGAGGUUGCGAUGUCAAUGAUUCGAGAUGUUAAACAAACCUCCACUUUAUGUGAUCGGUUGGAUAUGAUGCAAUAAUCAUGUUUCGAACCUUAUAAUAUCAACUUAAUUUCGCUUAUGUGUAUAAUAUAAUUAUAACGGAAUAUAUACGGAAUAUAUCAAGUUUUGAUAGAAUAAAUUUGAUAAAAUAAUAAAAUAUAGUUAAAGUAAAAAAUUAGAUGUCGUAAUAAUACGUACACAUUGCUGACGUAUUGUUUAAAGUGAGAAUUGAAGAAAAAUCUUGCAAAUUAAAUUAAAAAAGUUCACGAUUUCUCAAAGAUAUAUACAAAACAUAAAAGAUACAUGUAGCAAAAUUUUUCACAGAUAGAUACAAAUAUGACAAAAUUAAAUCAGUAUAAAAAAUAAAUCAAGAAUGUAUCAAUAAAUAAUCAAUAUCAAUAAAUAAUUAAAGAUCUUAAUUCUAAUAAUAAAUAUUUUUUUAUAAUACUCAAGAUAUAUUGAAUCUAUUAUACGAUACUUUAAUUAAUAUUAUAUUUAAUAGAAAUCAAUUAAAUAUAAUUCUUUAAAUGUUAAAAAUUUUAUUAUAUAUAGAAAUUAAGAAGGUAACCAUUCAUCUACAAAAAUUUAAUAUAAAAAAUUUAUUCAAUAAAUUAUUUAAGAUGUAAUAUGAAUAAUUGAAACAUUUUCUAAUCAAAUUCAUUUUUAUUGUAAUUAAUUAUAAAAAAACUGUUAAAUAACUUUAAUAAAAAUAAUUUAAUUGUUAAUAAAAAUCAAAUAUAUAUAUUUUUGAAAUUAAAAAAAAAAAUUAAUUAUUAAUUGAGAUUAUUUAUAUAAAAAUUUUUAAAUAUUUUAAUAUAAGAAAAGAAAAAAGAAAGAAUAAGAAAGAUUGAUUAUUAUUUUUAUGUAACAUUUUUUAUUAUUUAAUUUUUUAUAGAAAAAUUUAAUUGGAUCUCAAUUAUUAAUAAUUUUACAGUGUUUCUUGACAAAAUUCUCAUAAAUAUCAUUCUUUACAUCAUUAAAACGUGACUUUUAUGAUGAUAUCAUUCGAGUGAAUAAUCGAACCAGGUCAAUAAAUUAAAAAUAACGAUUUCGAUUUAAGCCUUUUUAAUUUUUAAUUUUUAUUUUUAUAUAUAUUAAUUUCAAAUAAUUGCCAAUAUUAUUUUUUCAAUGCAGAACGAGAUGCAAUCAAUCUUUGAGACAUAAGUAAUGUAAUACUGAAAAUAAAUUUAUCAGUUUCUCAAGUUCAAGUGAAAAUCUGACAUACUUUAUCUGAAAUGAUGCAUUGAAUUAUGUAAUAAAAUAAAAUUCAUUAAAAUCGACGAAAUUAUCUUUGAAAUCGAUAUUUUCAUUUAAAGGAGAAGCAAAUUUAUUGUUUUAUUUUUAUUGAUUUAUUUAUAAAAAUUGUAUGACAAAUAAAUAUAUACAAUUCUAUAAAACCAAUUCUUAUAAAAUAAUAUAAAAAAAAUUAAAACAGAUUAAAUAGCUAACAAACUCAAUAAUCAAUAUUUAAAAGAAUCUAAUUUUAUUCUAAUAAUAAAACUUAUUUUUCGGUGAAAUUUAUAUACAAAGAAUAUUAAAAUUGACGAUUUUUUGUGUACUUUCAACAAUAUAAACUAACAACAAUAUAAAAAUACUUUAACUUGAAGUUUAAAAUAAAGAUAUUUAUUUUGAUUUCGAUAUAAAGAUAGCAUAAAAAAUUAAAAAAUAUAUAUAUAAGUUUAUUAUUAUUAAUUAUUGUGUCGCAUUAGAUUAUAAUAAAUAUAAUGAAAAUAUUAUAAAACAUAUUGUACAUAAAUUCUACAUGCUGCAUAUCGUUAAGAAAUGAAAAAAAGGAAUUGAUUUUUUCUUGUACGAGAUAUACAAAUACUUCUUAAAACGAAAAAGCAAUGUAUCAUAACCUCAUUAACAACAUUCACGUUCCAUUUGUGUAUAUUGUGAAUCGCAUAAAAAUAGAAAUCCGGCGAAUGGUAGAAAAAAAGAAUCAGGAAAAUUUGUCGGAAACUAUUUUCGGAAAAACCUUUUGAAUAAUUUUAAACAGUAUCAGUAUAUUUACCCCAGACACAAGCCAAAUUUACUUUUCUCGGUUACCAUUUAAAAUGAAACUUGAAAUAAAUGAAUAAAAUAGAAAGAAAAAAGAAGAAACGAAAUAGAAAUGAUAAAAGAAGAUAAACGAAAUGAAUAUUGAAAAUAAAAAAAAAAGGGGAGAAAAUGAAAGAAAGAGAGAGGGAUGAGUAAGAGAAAGAGAAGAGUAAGUAGCAGAAACGCGAUAAUUCGAAGCGAACUCGCGACUAGUCAUUGAUCGGCCGCGAAACGCUGAGCGCCGCGACGCCCUCUCUCCUUUUCUUAACCCCAAGCACGUCCCCACCUGUGCUUGUUCACAAUCGUGUCAGACAUUUAAGCGUCACGUCGGAAACACGCCUCCCUCUUUCUCUCGUUCUCUCCUCUCUCCUCCCUUUGUUUCUCUCUCUUUUUCGCUUUUUUCAUUUGUCGUUCAUCGUCGGCCAGAAAGAGAAUUCGUCGACAAACUUGGUGCUCGUUUCAUAUUUCCUCUUCGUUCUGUCAUGGAAACGGAUAGAAAGAGAAAGAUAUAGGAAUAGAUAGAGAUAGAAAGAGAGAAACUGGUGCAUGCAACACGCGCGAACAGAUAGUACUCUUCUUUGCCGCCUGAAACUAUUCUUCAUUUUUUUUUGUUUCCAGAGCAAGAAACGUGGUAAUCACCGAAUGAGUGAUUAGUUUCGUGAUUCGAUUGAACGUGGCACAAUCGAAAAUCACGGGAAUAACUAGAUGAAAGAGAAAACAAGUGGUGCGUGUCGUUUCGUGGCAAAAUGUGCUGUGGCCAACAAUGCAUGAAGAAAACGUUCGAUUACAGUGUGGUUUAAUUAUUUUUAAAAGUUAUCUUAUAUAUGCGGAUCAGAUAUAAAUCAGUAUGUCCUAAUGCGCGAGGAUUCGUUGUUGGUUCGAUGUCAUUGUUGUGCAACCCUGUGUAUGUCACCGUGCUCAUUGAAUUGCUUUGUCUGAAUGGGGUGGCGGUGAACGACCGUUUCUAGGUCGGUCGAGAGAUUCACUGGAGCUUAAUUGACGCGGUUCGAGGGAUUCUAGGAGCGAGUCGAGGAAAAUUGGGACAUCGAACGCGGACUUUUCUACGCGGAAUUCGGGACAAAGGUUCCUCUCCUUGAGAUUUAACGUCGGUCAAGAAACAUCGUUCUUCUUAUUGCCUUGAUUGCAUCGCUCAGUGUCGAUCGUUCCACGUCAAAUGUGAAAAUGGCACGGGUCAAAUUGGGUCAGUGAAAGAUACCUCGGAGUGAUCAAGCAAAAUUUUAAACGAAAAUUUUAAAUAGAAAAAAAAAACUAAGUAUUGUGCAAACGGGAAACAAACAUUUGUGCGUGUAUAAUAACGUGUGGGGAUCGUUGAUUGUCGACAUGUUUUGUUUCCAAACACCGUUCACACGCGCCUCACGCGUGCUUGUAUCUUCCUUGUCUUCUAACAAAACAAAGACUUCCUCUAUGAGUAUCAUUCUUCCAGUGAAUAAGAAUUCAAGUUCUAAAUGUGAUGGACAAGAUUCGGAAGUUGCGAGUGAAGGUUCUGGCUCAUCAAUCGGGUAUAUUGAUCAAGAACCUCUGGUCUCUGACACUAGUAGCACGGACAGUACGCUUCCUGAUAUUAAAGCGGAUUAUUUGGAUCCGGAGACGUUGUCACCUGGUCCAGACUCUUUGACGGCACCGACUUCCGUGAUCAUCGUCGAGAAUGGUAUAGACGAAUCGAACGAUCGCAAUAUACUUUUAAAAGAUAACGAACAGAAUCACCACGUGAUUCCUUCCUCUAUACCGGAAAAACAAUCAUACAGUAACAGACGGUGCAAGAAAUUGCUUCUUCGUCUUCGUUCCAAUGAUUCCUCCAAUUCAACGAACAACAAAGAAGACAGCUUGGAUGCGGUUGACGAUUCGAUUGAACCCAUAUCACCUAUCUCGAACAAAGAACGCGGGGACGAAGAGAAAGAAUACAAAAGCGGGAAAACGACGACGUUACUCACGAACUCGUCGCCGUCGGUGCUGAUCGAUUCCGUGGACUCGGAGGAAGACGCGCUAAGAAACUCGAGAGUGACGGCCGUCUCUGAGAACGAUAUAUCCUCGUUGCAAAAUGUGUUCAGCGAGUCGGAGAAAAAGAAUAUAUUCAAUCAGGAAACGGAAACAGAGACGGAGGAAGGGUCCUCGUUGCCGUUGAGCCCUGCUGGCCCAUCUACCGGUGGUUUAUCUUCGUCAACUGUACCUUAUUACAAUUUUCUCUGUGUGAAUGGUGGAACUAUGCGGCAAGAGAUGACGAGUACCAGUUCCCCGCAAUUAUCCUCGAAUAGUAAUCAUAGAUCAAGCGCCGAAUCCACACCGGUCGACGCUUGUAACUCGUUUAACGUGGAAAAGAGUUCUAGAAUAGACACAUUAAAACCAGAGAGUUUGGAAAGCGCAUUUUGUUUACCUGCUGCGAGGUCUUGUCCUAAUUUGGAGAGGCAGAGUGCUGGAUGCUCGCCAACUAGCGGAUCCUCUGGUUCUAGUCCUAGUCCAGGUCCUGUUGGGCCUAGGUUUAAACCAAUAGAGGAGGGCGAUAUUCAAGUGUGCUUUUUGAAUUAUACGAAUCUGGUGAAAAAAAUAUUAUCGAGUAAAUACUUGAGAAGAUGGGAAACGCAUCAUCUUUAUUUGAACGAUACCUGCAUCUCCUCUAAAACGCGAACGGGAUUUUUUCGACAACCGAUACCGUAUAGCAAUAUGUCAGAUAUACGGAAAUAUGCUGUUACACGAUGGGAUCCUACCUACAAGAACUGCCUUAGCAUAGUUCUACCAAACAGUUCUCUUCUUCUCCAAGCGAAUAAUGCUUAUACAAGGGACCAAUGGUAUCAUUCGAUACUGUGGAAGAGGAGUAUUUUCAAAUAUCAGCAUCUAGUGUCUCUAAAUACACGGGAGGAAGUGAUCAUCAAGGAGUUAAAAUCGAUGGUGGAUUUCGCAUUAUGGACGUCACUUCAAGACGAGAGAGUGUCGGUAGCACCGUUGGAAGCCGUCGCGAAGCAUCUGGAAGAUUCUGCUGUCGAAUCUCCGAUGGAAAAAAAUUCGGGAAAGUCAAGCGAGGAAAUAUCUCAAUAUCAAAACGAUCGUAAACAUUGGGCAGAGGUUAUCCUCUCCGUCGUCUCUCCACUUUUGGAUAAAGUAGCGCUUCCGGUUUGUUUGACGAAGGUCCUUGUGAAGUUGGCACAACAACAUCCGCAGUCGUCCUUGGUUACAGCCAUAAAUCCGGCGAUCACGAGAUGUUUAAAGCACACGGUGGAUUUCGGCAAAUCUUUGGAUAUGAGGAAACUGUUACAAGUGUUUAUAGCCUCCCUACACGCGACAGACGGAGAGCAAGCUAUUAGGGAUUACGUUGCUUCGAUUCACGGAUCUGGCAGCGACUGUCCUCAUCCAAGGGUGCUUCCUAAUUUAGUGUCUAUCUGUGUCGCUGCGAUUUUUCAUAGGUUUGAAGUGGCCAAACGUUCUUUACCAGAAAACGAGAAAUCGUCAACUUUACCUCCAUUGGAUUGUUAUUUGUUGGUGCUAAAUAUUGCAUCAGAAUAUGCCGAUUGGAGGCCAGAAAUGGGUGCUUUGUUGCAACCGGUGCCAUUUCCGGAUGAAGCUUUUGCUUUGAAAGAGGUUCAACAAUCUAUAUUAAUGUGCGUGAUAAACCGUUUGGCAAAAGACACGAGGUGUGUUGUUCAUCGUGUUCUACUUCCGGUCAGAGAAUCUAGACCUGGAUGGAUUCAUAUUGCUGCGCCAUCCAGUCCAGAUUGCCCUGAUCAAGGAGAAUUGUUCGGUGAAAUGCUAACAACUCUGCUGGCAUGCUGUUGCCGAAGAAAGAAAUUUAUCAGCUGGCUAACCAAGCAGGUACGCGAUGAUUGCAUAUUAUUGGCGGUAAGAGAUUGUGAAGCUGCCCAAGAAGCUCUUUGCUUGAUGUUAGAAUGGCAUUUGUUGUCGAGUAAAGAAGCUAAAUUGCAAAUAGUCAGUGCGUUGGAAUCGACCACCUCGGGUAAAGAACGUUAUGUUGCUCUUUGCCAAAGACAAAAGAAUUUACAGCAACUGCUGCGAAAAGGAGGUCCUAGACGAUUAACAUUACCAGCUCGUGCAACAGAUGCAGACGUCGCCCUUCUUUUGAAUGGUAGAGCUCUUGGUAGCCUGGAAUAUCUCAGUUUGGCUUUUACCUCGGUCACUUCAGCUUGCGCUGAGCAGUUAAUCAAAUUACCAGCCUUAAGGCAUUUAAACUUGUGGGCUACACAGUUUGGUGAUGCAGGCCUACAAAUGAUCAGUGAACAUCUGCAAAAGUUGCAGGUUCUGAAUCUUUGUGAAACCCCUGUUUCUGAUAAAGGGAUCUCUACCUUAGCCUCGUUAACGAGCUUAAGGAAAUUGAAUCUAAACAGCACCAAGCUCUCCGUUCAAACGUUCGAAUCCCUGAAGAAAUGUUUACCAGCUUUGCAAGAGUUUGACGUAAGAUAUACGGAUGCUUGGUAACCAGAACUUUUAUCCUAUAUUGAAUUGAAUUAUUCCAAUAAUAACUUCAUCAUCAAAGAGAAAAGACAAAGCUCGUUAGAUAAGAUUUAGAUAAAUGAAGUAAAGGUUCGAGCAGUAAAACAUACGAUUCAAACUAUUUCGAAGCAUUUCGUGUGUAACUGUUUUAUAAAUGAAACAAGAAUGUUAUUUAAAUCUAACGGAUAAUAAUAUACGGAUGGUGAAAUCGAAAUAGAUGGAAUCUCUUAGAAAGAGAGAGAAAGAGAGAGAGAGAGAGAGAGAGAGAGAGAGAGAGAGAGAGAGAGAGAGAGAGAGAGAGAGAGAGAGAGAGAGAGAUUUAUUAAGUGUGGAUAUCGUCUUCUUCGUUUGCAUGAAUGAAAAAAUAUUUACAAUGUUGUUAAAAUUGAUUUAAAAUAGAAAAGCACGUGACUAGGACCACAAUAAAAGCCUGAAAGAGUCAGAAGAUUUUAUUCAAGGAAAACGAAUGAGGAAACUUCCAAGAAGUAUCUGCCUAAGAACUGUUAUCUUGGUUAAAGAAAAAAAGAGAGGAAAUAAAAAAGAAGAUCCGUUCGAGGACACGCGUCAGAGUUAGAAUAGCUGAGAAUGAAAAUUCGUAACGACUCUAUAAAUAGUUGAUCCAUGUGGAAAUAAGUAAGAGGACAUCGAUGGCGCAGGGACUUGCUCUUCGGAACUCGAGAUGGGAUAUUAUACUCGGCUAAGUGCAAGUCUCCAAGUGCCUUGCGUUUUUGUGUAUCCUAUGUGUUUCAGUUUAUUUAAUUUAAAGUUUUUAAUUCAAAGACAGAUAUAAUUUAUCGACGUAAUAAUGAAUAGAAUAUAAAGACUUUAAUUUAUUGAAAGUUUAUUGAAUUUUUAUUCGUUAUAUGAUGCUAUUAUUUUAUAUUUAUAAUAGAUAUUUAGUUAUUUAUUAAAAUCAAUCUAGCAGAA